CCUCACACCCAUCUCAACACAACUCCACUAAACUACACACAACAAAACACACUCUCAACUUACUAGCUUCCCCAUAAACCCUAUAAAACCCCCCACGCAUCUCCAAACCCCACUCCCCAAAAUGGACUCCUCAUCAACACCGCUCCACCUCGCCCUCGCCACUCUCUUCGGCGCCUCCGUCAUGGCCAUCUCCGCCUUCUACAUUCACAAACGCAGCGUCGAUCAGGUCCUCCAUCGCCUCACCAAGCUGCGCCGCAACUCUCCUCGUCUCGAUCCCGUCGCGCAUAACGAGAACUCGGUUGUUUCCGAUUUAGAAGUGGAUACGCUACCCGAAUAUACAGGAAUGGAUGAGAGCGGAGGGGAGUGGUACAGAGUCUCGUCGUCGGUUCCGAAUGUCGGAUUGCCGAAUGAGUGGAUGGAUCGGGAUUCGGUUGCGGUGUCGAAUUCGAUGGAGGAUCAGCUUAAUUUGAUCCCCUCUGGAUUGCCGCCUCUGCGAACCGAUCAAAAUGAUGGUGAAAAGAUGCGGGUUGGAUCAGUCGGUAGGCUAGUAACACCAAGAUCCUCGGGAGGCUAUGCAUUCGAUAGUGUGGAACAUUCUGAUGAGGAAGGCAUGGAUCAGACAAUCGAUGAUGACAAUAUAUACUGCACUUACGAUGAGAGCUUGGUUUCUUCAGCUGACCAUGGUUCAUAUGCAAAUAUACAAGCGACAUCUAUGAGUGCACCUGAAGCUGAACAGUUGAACUAUAUUCAGGGUCAAAACCAUAAUCUGGUUGCAAAUGAAACUAGCGGCAAUGGACAAGACAGUAGAAAAGGGGAUACAUCUUCACUGCACAACAACAAAAAUGACACUGUUUCCGCCAGAACCAUUUUACCUUUGCCAACUUCAGUGCAUGAGUCACUAAACAUUGAAGAUGAAGAAGUACGAAGGAUGAUUCGUGAAUGCUUAGAUUUGCGUGAGAAAUAUGUUUACAGGGAAGAAACUGCACCAUGGAUGAAAAAUACUGAGGGGGACUUAAAGAUACCACAUGUCAACAGUGAUCCGUUCCGUUUUGUCCCUGUUGAAGCAACUUCCCACCAUUUUAGGAUGGAAGAUGGAGUUGUACAUGUUUAUGCCAGUGAAACUGACACUGUCGAUCUUUUCCCGGUUGCCAGCGCAACAACGUUUUUCACAGACAUGCACCACCUUCUAAGAAUAAUGUCUGUUGGUAAUGUUCGCUCUGCGUGUUAUCAUCGACUGCGUUUCCUGGAGGAGAAAUUUCGUCUUCAUCUUUUAGUAAAUGGAGAUAGGGAGUUUCUAGCUCAGAAAAGUGCACCACAUCGAGAUUUUUAUAAUAUUAGAAAGGUUGACACACAUGUGCAUCACUCUGCAUGCAUGAACCAGAAGCAUCUUUUACGCUUCAUCAAGUCAAAAUUAAAAUCAGAACCAGACGAGGUUGUCAUAUUCCGUGAUGGCCAGUAUCUUACGCUGAAGGAGGUUUUUGAAAGUUUGGAUUUAAACGGGUAUGAUCUUAAUGUUGAUUUGUUGGAUGUGCAUGCGGAUAAGAGUACAUUCCAUCGUUUCGACACAUUCAAUCUCAAGUAUAAUCCUUGUGGUCAGAGCAGGCUUAGAGAAAUUUUUCUAAAGCAGGACAACCUCAUCCAAGGUCGUUUCCUUGGAGAAGUGACCAAACAAGUCUUGUUAGAUCUGGAAGCAAGUAAAUACCAGAUGGCCGAGUAUAGGGUGUCCAUAUAUGGAAGGAAACAAAGUGAAUGGGAUCAGCUGGCGAGCUGGUUUAUCAACAAUUCAAUUUAUAGUGACAAUGCUGUUUGGUUAAUCCAGCUUCCACGGCUUUACAAUGUGUACAGAAGUAUGGGAACUGUUACAUCCUUCCAGACCAUUCUAGAUAACGUGUUCAUCCCUCUUUUUGAAGUCACAAUUAAUCCGAAAUCUCAUCCUCAACUACACGUGUUCCUAAUGCAGGUUGUGGGUUUUGACAUUGUAGAUGAUGAAAGUAAACCUGAAAGGCGUCCAAUCAAGCACAUGCCUAAGCCAUCGGAGUGGAAAAACGAGUUCAAUCCUGCAUACGCCUAUUAUGCUUAUUACAUUUAUGCCAACUUGUUCACUCUCAAUAAGCUUCGGGAACUUAAAGGGCUGCGCACUAUCAGAUUCCGACCUCACUGUGGAGAGGCAGGUGAUGUUGACCAUUUAGCUGCUGGGUUUCUUCUGUGUCAUAAUAUUUCUCAUGGAAUUAAUUUGAGGAAAUCCCCAGUGUUGCAAUAUCUUUAUUACCUUGCCCAGGUUGGACUAGCCAUGUCUCCUCUGAGUAAUAAUUCUCUUUUCCUGGACUAUCAUCGCAAUCCAUUUCCCUUGUUCUUCCAGCGUGGGUUGAACGUUUCACUUUCAAGUGAUGAUCCCCUGCAAAUUCAUCUAACAAAGGAAGCUCUAGUGGAAGAAUAUAGUGUCGCAGCCAAGGUUUGGAAGCUGAGUUCAUGUGAUAUGUGCGAGAUUGCAAGAAAUUCUGUUUAUCAAUCAGGAUUCUCACAUGCAGCAAAGUCGCAUUGGCUGGGGAAAAAAUAUUAUAAGCGAGGACCUGAAGGAAAUGAUAUACACAAGACAAAUGUUCCUCACAUGAGGAUUUCAUUUCGACACGAGACAUGGAAGGAGGAGAUGCUGUAUGUUUAUUCUGGAAGAGUGAGAUUUCCUGAAGAUGUAGAGCAUUAAUGAGGACAAAUUUCAGCAAAAUUUUGUUGAUAUGUAUCAAAUUACUAUGCAUUUGAUAUCCCAUUCCAAGUCGAGAUUUAACUAAGAAACUUUGAUGGUUGCCAGAGGGAUGACUCAUUACAAACUUGUAAUCGGCCUUGACCUUCAUUCUUUCCAGAGGCUGAAGGCUAGAGGCGGGAAUGAUUUCCUCUGUGAAGCCAAUACUUUUCUUAUACCUUUGCCAGACAUUUCUGCAAAGCAACUGUUUUAUAUUAAUGUAAUCAAAAUUAAAUGAUAUUGUCGUCAGACGUUAGUAGAUGUAUCAAUACCACCUUUUUCUUGUAUAACUUUUACAUUUGUAUUUCCGGUGAAUGUUCUGUACCAGUACUUAGAACUUGGAAUUUCGGCAUUUUUACAAUCUAUAAUACAUCAUAGUUUGAUCUGUGAUUAGUUAUUUA